UACUUCUGUCCUAAAUGGGUUCAAGUAUCAGUUGGACUUUUUUCAACAGUAUGGGGCGUUUUUGUUUCUCCUGUAAGUUACCUAACUGAGGUGUCCCCUGGGCUCCAUUUUGCCGACAACACGCAAUAUUACAGGCCAACCAACACGCAUUUAAUGUAGCUAUCUGAUUAUUUAACACUUAAAAUCUACCCUGAAACAAGAGUGUUCAUAGUCACAUGAAACUGAAUCAAGAUUGAUUGUACUCUAUUCAGUGCCUCCAUCUAGUGGCUAUACUAAAAGACACUACUCAAAAAAAUACAGAUCUUCGCGUUUACUCAUUAGCCACGAAUCGUAUUGUAUGCUUUAAAACUGUUUUUAUUUCUUUAUUCCUUUUUAUGUCUGCAUUUAAAACUGUUCCUCAAUAUUUGAUACACAAUUAAAAUACGACGAGCAUGUAAAAUUGAAGAAACAAUUCAAGUCAUAAAAAGAUAAAAGGUCAAGAUUCCGCAGCGUUUCCUGCCGCCGCGUUAUGACGUGCACAACGUACUGUCAUCAGAUUACACAUCGCAUAGCUUUUCUAACGACCGGGCCUUCUGAUAAACAUCUUUUCGUGGGACGACAAGAUCGGGACAUAUCUUUUUUAGUGUUUUAGCACGUUUUGUUAGCGAAAUGGCAGAGGCUAUGCUGGGAGAUCACGAGCAGUACAGCUGCUCAAUAUGUUUGGAGUUGUUGAGGGAUCCCGUGACAAUUCCGUGCGGACAUAGUUACUGCAUGAGCUGUAUUAAUGAGUGCUGGAAUACAAACGAUCAGAAAGGCAUCUAUAGAUGUCCACAAUGCAGACAUACCUUCAAUUCAAAGCCUCCACUCAACAAAAGUACAAUGCUUGCUGAAAUAAUGGAGAAACUGAGGAGUACAGAGUCUGCUCAAAGUCUCGCUGGGCCUGGAGAGAUUGCGUGUGAUUUCUGUUCUGGAGAAAUGAUCAAAGCUGUCAAGUCUUGUCUGGAGUGUCGAGCCUCUUACUGUGAAACACAUGUACAGCCCCACUAUAAUGUUCCUGCACUGAGGAAACACAAGCUGGUGAAAGCUGCAGUCAUUCCAGUGUGCCCCAAACACGACAAGCUCCUCGAGGUUUACUGUCGAACGGACCAGAAAUGUGUCUGCAUGCACUGCUUACUGGAUGACCACAAGGGCCACGACACAGUACCCUCUACAAUAGAGCGCAAGGAGAAACAGAUAAAACUCACACACUCUCAGUCAAAAGUCAAGCAGACAAUGCAGGCAAAAGAAAAAGAGCUACAGAAGAUGAAAAUGGACAUCACAUCCCAUUCAGAUUCUGCAAAGAAGGCCGUGGAGAACAGUAAGAAAGUCUUCAGUGAAUUAGUCAAACUUAUUGAGAAAAAAAGCAUUGAGGUGAUUGAAGAAAUAAAGGCUCAAGAAAAGGCUGAUCUGGAUCACGGCACAAAGCUGCGAAAGAAGCUGGAGGGGGAAAUCACUGAGCUGAAGAAGAGGGAAGGGGUUCUAGAUGAUCUUCUACAGACCGAAGACAACAUCCAAUUUCUUCAGAAUUAUGAGACUGUGUCCUCUUCAUCUGGAUCUGAUGAGUCGCAGAGUUUCCCAUUUGAGCCAUAUUGCUCUUUUGAGGAUGUAACAAAACUUAUAUGUGAUCUUACUGGGAGACUUGAGACUACUUGCACGCAGGAAAUAAGCAAAACAAUGAAUAAAGUUUCAGAUUUGUCCACAAAGAGGCCUCCAUUUGACAUUUUAGUUGGAGACAGGGUCCGCGUGAAGCCAUCUGUUGUUACUCCAAUACACAAAUGGGGAUCGGUUACUUACUCGAGUGUUGGUGUUGUUAAAAAAAUUCAGGGUGGUUUGUUGACAGUGGAUUUCCCCGAACAAAAAAACUGGACUGGUUUAAUUUCGGAAAUGGAGCAUGUGACCGGUGCUGGUUCAGAUUUGUCAACCAAAAAUGGUCCAUUUGACAUCAGUGUUGGAGAGAGAGUCAGAGUGAAGCCUUCCAUUAUCACCCCAAAACAUAACUGGGGUAGAAACGUCACUCAUAAGAGUGUGGGUGUAGUCAAAGACAUAAAAGAUGAUGACAGUGUGGUUGUUGACUUCCCUGGACAUGCAAACUGGAAAGGAAUUCUCAGUGAAAUGGAGCUAGUAACUAAUGAUAAUGAUGAGAUUGGACCUUCAAAUCUGGACCCCAGUAUUAAGAUUGGAGACAAAGUUCGUGUGAAGCCGUCUGUUGUUACUCCAACACACAAAUGGGGAGCAGUCUCUCACAAAAGCAUUGGUGUUGUUCAAAAAAUUCAGGGCGACUCUUUGACUGUAGAUUUCCCUGAGCAAAAAAACUGGACUGGUAUAGUUUCAGAAAUGGAGAUUGUGGCCAGCGCUGGUUCAGGAUCUUCGAGACUGGAGUCUGUUAUUAAUAUUGGCGACCAAGUUCGUGUGAAGCCGUCUGUUGUUACACCAACACACAAAUGGGGAGCAGUCACUCACAAAAGCAUUGGUGUUGUUCAAAAAAUUCAAGAUGAGUCUUUGAUUGUGGAUUUUCCUGAGCAUAAAAAAUGGACUGGUUUAGUUUCAGAAAUGGAGCUUGUGGCCAGUGCUGAUUUAGUCGAAAUUAAGGUUGGAGACAGAGUCAGAGUGAAAUCUUUCAUAAUUACUCCAAAACAUAACUGGGGUGGACAUGUCACACACAAGAGUGUUGGUGUUGUAAAAGAUAUCAAAUCUGAGGAUGUGAUUGUGGAUUUUCCGAAACACAAAAGCUGGAAAGGCAUUCUCUCCGAGAUGGAGUUAGUAAACUCAGAUGAUGACUUUUCAGGAUCCUCUUAGAUUGUGAGGAUGUGACUGUGGAUGUCUCUGUUUACCUUUUGCUUUCAUUGGGAAAGAGCACAUACUCCUAAUUAUGUUUCAGCCUCACUUUAAAAACAAAUCUAAAAUAGUUCAUUCUAUAUUUAAUAAUAAUGAAUUGCAAAUGUCCUGUCAAAAUACAAUGAAUGCAAAUUCACAUUUUGCUGUUAAAUUAGUAUUUUCUUGUCUUUUGACUGAAUUAAAUACACUGCUCUGAUAUCCA